UACGCGUCUUCCCUUCUUUUUCUGAAGCGCUUUGAAGAAGCAAAGUCGCUAGUAGACAAAAUGAUGCCCGUGGCGCGACGCGUCCUCGGAGAAGGUUGUAAUCUCACGCUCAGGAUGAGAUGCAUCUACGCGCAGUCGCUCUACGCAGACCCCGACGCCACGCUCGACGAUCUCCACGAGGCCGUGACGACGCUCGAGGAGAUCGAGCGGACCGCGCGGCGCGUGCUGGGUGGCGCACACCCGCUCUUAGAGAUAUUUGAGGAUUGCUUGCGUCAGUCGCGAGCAAUCCUCGCCGCCCGCGAGACGCCGUCGCCGCCGUCGGAGACACUAUAG